AUGGAUCAUGGAUCUCCCUCACUAUCUUCGUCUACAGUUUUGUAUUUGAAAGUCUCUGAUGUAAACGACAAUCCGCCAGUCUUCGAAAAUCCAAAUUAUUCGGCAUUAAUAAUUGAAAAUAACACCCCGGGGGUUUCAAUGUUCAGUAUGAGUGCAAGAGAUUCAGACUGGAAUCAAAACGCAAAAAUAUCAUACUUUCUGGAGGACUCUGUGGUUAGUGGCAGUCCAGUUUCUUCCUAUGUGUCAAUAAAUUCCGAAAGCGGAGUAAUACAAGCAGUGCGCUCAUUUGAUUAUGAACAAAUAAAACAACUUAUGUUUACAGUAAGAGCGCAGGAUGGAGGCUCUCCUCCAUUGAGCAGCAACGUAACUGUGAAAAUCCUGAUCCAGGACCAGAAUGAUAAUCCUCCUCAGGUUCUGUAUCCAGUCCAGACUGGUGGCUCCAUAGUGGCUGAAAUGGUGCCUCGUUCAGCAGAUGUGGGCUACCUAGUGACUAAAGUGGUGGCUGUGGAUGUGGACUCUGGACAGAAUGCCUGGCUCUCCUAUAAACUACAGAAAGCCACAGACAGAGCGCUGUUUGAAGUGGGCUUACAGAAUGGAGAAAUAAGAACUAUCCGUCUGACUGAUAAAGAUGCUGUGAAACAAAGACUGACUGUCAUAGUGGAGGACAACGGGCAGCCCUCUCGUUCAGCUACAGUCAUUGUUAACGUGGCGGUGGCGGACAGCUUCCCUGAAGUCUUGUCGGAGUUCACUGACUUUCCUCACGAUAAGGAAUACAAUGACAACCUGACUUUUUACUUAGUGUUGGCUCUGGCGGUGGUUUCCUUCCUCUUCAUCACGUGUUUAGGGUUAUUAUAUCAGUGA